AUGGAUACUGAUUUGCUACCUAUCAACGAAGAUGAGUGGUCACAGUGGGGAUUUUUAGGACCUCCAGAGUCAGGUUUCAACUAUUCUUGGAUCCAUUUGCAAGAUGAACUUAAUUUUAUCGGCAAUAAAACUACAAUACCUCAUUGCUCAUUAUACUAUUCAUCGAGAAAGAAGUUUUUGUUUCUUGUUCAAUCUUCCAAAUACAAAAAGUCUCUAUGGGAUAUAACUGAUUUAGAAUUUACAUUCAACAAAGAUUCAGAAAACUUUUUAGUCAUUAACAGGGGCAUUUCUUUACUGCACUUGUUUAGUACAUCAACAAAUUUCAUACGACUUCUUGUUAAAAUACAGAAAAUUCCAGUUAAUUCUUUCAUUCAACCAGAAAUUGAGAACAACAUUCAAUACGAAUCCAAGAAACAAGCUGUCCAAGUUAAAGGACCCACAUCAUUCUCGACAUCAAAUCGUGAAACUGGAAUAAUUUCAGACCUUGAUGUAAUUAUUACGAAAUCCGAUGAAGAGCGCAUUAGAACAGAUGGAAAAUUAGCCAUUUAUGAUACUAAAAUUGUUGUCACUCCAACAAAAGAUCCACGUUCUCCAAUAACAUUAGAAUUGAACGAUAUCGAACAUUUUCAGAAAGUUACAAUGCUUUGUAUAUUCUUUGUGUUCUAUAUGAAGGAUGGAAGAUGCUAUGAAAUAAGUUUUAGAGAUACUCAAGAAUCAGAUAUUGAAUUUGUUUAUCAUUCAAUAGAUAGAUUAUUCCAUUCAAAGAAAUAG